AGAUGAAGACGAAUGUAAGCGUGUUGAUCUCGCCCGGAGCAGGUAAAAAUCGGUAAAGUUAGGUUAUAAACUGCUAUGCAAAAUGUUAUGAAGGACACGAAUUAUGCCUCUCUUGGGGUGAUAUUGCGAAGUUGACUCAGGCUAGAUAACGCGUUAGCUACAUGCUUGUUCAAUGGUAGCAGAGAUGCUUUGAAGGUUUGACAAGUCUCAAGAUGGAUUCCCUAUAUGGCCAGGUAGCCAUUGGAGUAUUGGGAGGAGUGGGCUGUGGACUUUUCCUUGGCUGGCACUUCCGGGCUCGGUUCAGCAACUCUUCCAAAGACAACGGGGCGGCGAUGGGGAAUGGCAGUAGGGGUGAAACGGCCACCAGCAUCAUGGGAGAAGGAGGGGAGUUCAAAAUGAUCCUGGUGGUCCGAUCCGACCUGAAGAUGGGCAAGGGGAAAGUGGCCGCCCAGUGCUCACACGCCGCCGUGUCGGCCUAUAAACAGGUCCAGCGCAGGAACCCUGAGCUUCUGAAACAAUGGGAGUACUGUGGCCAACCCAAGGUUGUGGUUAAAGCUCCAGAUGAGGACAGUCUGAUAGAACUGCUAACCCAUGCCAAAGAGGUAGGGCUGCCUGUCAGUCUGAUCCAAGAUGCAGGGAGGACCCAGAUAGCGCCAGGAUCCCGUACUGUGCUGGGAGUAGGCCCUGGAGCAGCUGAUCUUGUGGACAAAGUCACUGGACACUUGAAGCUCUAUUAGACACGAAAUAAGACUUGAAUUGAGUUGUCUGUAUUAGUUGUAUUUGAAGUAGGAUAAUCAUGGUCCACUUUAAAAUGUAUUUUUUUUAAUGGAGAAAUUGUCAUUUGGGAACUGUACAUUAAUUUUCAUUAAAAGUUCCAAACAUCA